AUGGUGAAUAAAAAGAAACAAACACCAAAGGAAGAAACACGGACUAAAUUGAGUCAUGCGGUUCUGCCUCGUGCGAUCCGCAACGACAAUCCUUCAAAAGCAUCAAUUCACUCAUAUUGCGUAGGCACGAUGGCGCGUUUACUGCAGUUUCUCGUCAUCUCGGGAAUCCUGUGCGCGUUGGCUACUGGCAGGGUUUUCCUUAAGCCGAAGGAUGCCCCGAAGAACAAGUGUCGAAGAUACCACGCACUCAAGCGGUUCAGCGCGUGUGGAACAGUGGUCGGUCAAGCCGCCAGGGAGAAGAGCCUUCUGGAGAAUCCAAACCACAACGCAACCUGCAUAAAGGCGCAAGCAUUCGAGCCAUGUUUCCAAGAGUCGAUGCGUGCAACGCGCUGUACAAGAGGCUCCGAGUUUAGCUUUCACCUUCAACAUAUUGCAUCGCUCGUCAAUGAGAUGUACAAAGAGAGUUGCAGUCCUGGGGAAGCCGUUAGUUCCGUUCUAACCGACAUGAGCACGGUGUGCGACAUUCGGGUGGCGGUGGUUCGCUUCUUGGAGUGCGCCAACUCUUUCUUUCUCGGAGAGCCUCGAGGUGGCGUGGCCCGCGGUCGCACCGACACCGGCACCACUCUCGGAGUGCACUUCGGCGUCAUCUUCGACGCGCCGUCGCUUGGAUCGGUGAACAAAUUCAACAGAAUCGCCAACAUCGACUGCAGGAGAAGUGUCAAGUUCAGAAACUGCAUGGACAACAUCCAUCUGUACUCCGAGUGCGGUGUCGGGACGGAAGUAUAUUCUCACCUGAAAUACAUGUCCGGUGUGGUGCGUCGGAAAUUUGCCGGAAAGUGCACUACGGAACCACAAAUGCCUGAUUUGGACUGCCAGCUCCUACCAUUUCUGCGGAAGUUUCUGCGUUGCGGGGUGAAUCGAUACGAGUCACCCGAGGAACGGAUCGACCAAGACGCUUGCGCUCAGGUAUCAUCUUACAAAGAUUGCGUCGCAGCAGCAGAACGAGUUGCACACUGUAAUAUGAAAAACUUGUCGUUGAGUUACCACCUCCAGUACCUGCAUAAGGUCAUGACAAUGGUGAACACAAGCUGCAGAGGUGUUAGAAAUGUUGAGACAUCUGUCUACAAGGAGGCCUGCAAGAGAACCGCUCUCUUCAACAAUUACUUUUCCUGUGGCAUGGAAGUGCAGGCUCGCCUUGAAGGACGCAACAUGGCGGACAAGGAAAGAUGCAGGGUCUCUGAAAACUUCGAGAAAUGUUUUUUAAGUGCCAAGGAGCAGUCUGGCUGUCUGCUCGCUGAUGAAGCGACCAGUAUCAUGAGCUCUCUGCUUGACACGUGGAAGAAAGAACACACCAGAGAGUGUGCCGCACUCAAGGUGCCGUCGUCUCCAAUCAACCAAGUAGAGUGUCUGGCCGGUCCGUCAGUUCGCAAAGUGUUCCUCUGCGGGCUCAACUUCCAGACUGCGGUUCGUGAGGUGAAAUACUCGCCAAAAGAAAUUUCAGCAGAGGUUUGCUGGCAUCUGAACGAGCUUAAUGCUUGCAUAUCCGAUGUGAAAGGUCGGACGCAAUGCGCACUGUCUGAACUUCACGCUCACGUGGCACCCCUGCUGCAACCCUUCACUAACGACUACGUUGAACGCUGCGAAAGGCUCAUGUCCAGUAAUACGUCUUCUCCAAUAAUGGUACCCAACGGCAGUUUCUGUCGGCGCCUCUUGGCUCUCAAGCGCAUCUUUCACUGCGGUUUAAGCUUUAGCAAGAUCCUUGAGGAGAUGGAGCUAGUCCGUCACAAAGUGGACGUGUUAUGUCCCCUUCUGAAGAAGUAUGAGACUUGUGUGCCAGACUCUGCAGACGAGCAUGGUUGCAAAGACGAUCUUGUGAUGCGCGGUCACGUGAAAAGCUUCGGUAGAAUAUUGCGCAAGCAAUAUUAUGACGCUUGUGUUAGAAUUCGGAGGAUAGGAAUUGGCAACAUGAGGAGAGUGAGCGACCUACCUGAAAAUCGAACGGGCGAAAUUUUCGGAAAUGUAAAAGUUCUAAGACAAGAGUUUAGAAGAGGAGUCAACAUAUCGACCGAUCCUCAAGCGCAGGUGGCAAUGAACCAAGUAAUGGAGGAUUAUUACGGUUCAGAUUAUGAAGACUAUAUUGAAGAAGAAGACAAAGUGCCGGAUAGUCUCGAUGUAAAGCCGGCUUAUGACUACGCUGAAAACGAUGCAACUCGGAAGACCCCAAAACCAAGCUUCUUCAAAACAGUCGAGGCGGCUCAUGAAAGGCUCUUUCAUAAUAUUUCUCGCGGCAUACAAAAUCCCGUGAGUUUGCCGGAGCAAAGAAGAGAUCAGGAAUUCUGGGCCGGCGUCGAGAGGGCAAGAAAACUGAAAUCCAGACAUAGCUACGACUCUGGGCCCCUGGACACGCUCCAGGAUCUUUCAAACAAACGAGUUGAUAGGGAUUUUGCUCGACCAGGAACUUAUUUUAUUGACCAACUGAGCAACCCAAGCGCCGUUGAAGGCGAAGCUUAUGCUCCAAAUAAGCAACUAGCGGGGGAAAAUAAUAAGAGCAUUAGGCGAGUCAACGGAAUGCACCGUGGACUGCAUCAGAACUCUCCACCGCUCUACAAGUCUUUUCAUGACGUUCCACACGCAGCAAGGCAAGGCAAGCUUCAAGCGGACGAAUAUAACGUGCGUAGUGGGUCCUCAAUGACUCCACAAGAAGAGCUUGAAAUGUACGAAGACACUCGCGGCAUGUCUGAGCUGCUUCAGAAAGAAAGAGAAGGGGGCUACAAUCGCUACAGAAGUGGGGAUGGUGCGGGGCCCAGGCAUGUUACCCAGUGGUCAGGACGAGACGUGCAUCGUCGUUUCCAUGCCGACGAUGGUAUGGUCCAAAGCGAUACAAGCUUGCCCCGCAACGGAUACAAUAAUAGUUUUGCUUACUAUGACUACCAUGGCGUUCCAAGCUCGCGAAUUUACAAAUAUCCUCCGUCUUACCGACACCAGAGCAAUUUGAACGCAGGCAUGAACGACCGGGGUGUGAGAAGGGUUGUCGCACCUUUCGACGCUAGGCGUCGUAGGAUCUUACAAGGUCCAAACAACGGAUUUCAGCGGCGCAGAAGAGCAUUCAGGAAUCCGGAAUAUGAAUUCGUUGGUGAAUACGAAAAGCCAGUGGGCGGCGUGAAGCACUCGGGUGAUCCGGACUAUGAAGCAGUUUCUAAGGACAUAGUCUCAUUUCCUGAAGACGACGGACCAGUUUUGCCAAAUGAUGAUGUCCUUAGUCAUGAAGUCAGGCAUCACGGAUCCCGCAGCUUUGUGCCAGUAAGACGAAGAGAAGACAAAAAUCUCGUCGGUUCAGUCCGCGAUCUCGAGGCUCCCCGUGGCGUGGUGGAAGUGAAUGAACCGGGCAACCCAGUAUUCAAAGAAGGAAACCUCAACACCAUAUCAAGUGACAAGGUUCUGCCGGACUCCCAUCCACCUUUAGAGAGCAAGGAGCCCUACAACCCGCGAAGGCUUUCUUCCAACAAGAGGUAUUGGAAUCUAGGGUCGCCUAUAGAUACCCAUUUUCUCCAAGGCACGAAGCACGAAGACUACGGGGAAGAUAUUAGGGAUUACGACUCCGUUCGAAGAAAAAUUGACAGCGAUACUAGAGGAAGUGGUAAAAGUGACGGAGAUAAAAUAAUGUCGCGUUCUGGCGAUAAGCGUGCUGAAAGCAAAGAACGUCACCACAAUCCCAAUUAUUAUUCAAUGGGGGAAGAUGCAAAAGACAUGGGAAGCGACGUGCAGAAUCGUCCAUUCAAAAGACAGCACAACACCGGUUUGGAAUAUCGUGAAACAAACAAGCGUGGCGUAAAUUCUUACCGAGAGGAACUACAACCCCAUCCUGAAGCUCGACACUACUAUAACGAUUCGAAUUACGUAAGCCCCAACGUGGUUUUGCAGGAGCCAGGACUACGGUUUCCAAAAGAAAAAGUUCAACCGGACUUUCUAGGCAGCGACAGUCGUCGGAGUAAUAAAGACCUACAUAGAGAUAGGAAUAUAGACUCGGGCAGGAUGAACAGGAACGGCUUCGAAACGAAGAGCAACACCAAGAACAAGCAAGGUGCUUCCCCGGAAAACUUGGUACAACCAAGUCACAAACGUUUUUUCAACACUAACAUACGGCAUCGAGAGCCAAGGAUGAGAUUUCGUUACGUAGACCGCAUCGAAGAAACGCCAGGGCUAUUACUUGAGAAGAAGGAUGAAGCCUCCGGUAGCAGUUUGUCAAGCCCUCAGACCGGGAAGUCCAAGCCGCAGUUGACUCAAUACGAAAUUGAGCGAAAAAUGAAAACGAGGCAGUUAAAGAAUGAUCUGAAUGAGCUGCUCAGCAAGCAUAAAGAAGGAGGUGACACCAAAGACGAUUUGAUGCUGUUUCCUGAUGAAAAACUCGGGAGGGGAGAGAAGAUAAUAAAGGACUUUGAUGGGAAAGCUCUGGAAGAGAGCAAGGACUAUUCAGAGCUGGAUACGAAGCUGGAGAGCAAUGUCGCUGACAGGGGCGCGAUGUGGAGCGGAGCAAGCGACGAUAUGAAGGACGAACUUCUGAGGAAGCACGCUGAGAUCCCGGACAAGAACGACGACUCUGUGAUUGGAGAGCUGAGCAAAAGAAAUGCCUGGUAUACCGACGACAUAUGGAGUGACAGUAACGAUCUAUUUGGCAUGGAAAGACUACUCUCAGACCAGCGCAAAGGCACAGCGGCCAAUACAACAGAUGCUGACGAUAACGCCCAAUGCCAGCUUCAAUACCUGCAGCGAAGAUCUGACGCAUGUGUUCGCGUCUUCGACGAUGAUUUCCGAGCGAUUGGCAACGACACCGUCCGGCAGUUCACCGUGAAUGCAAUGACCCCAACCCUGCGAAAGUCUGUGUGCACGCACGCCCGCGAUUUCGCCCAGUGCAUCAACUUGUUUGCUCAAAAGUUUCGCUGUCUCGAAAGCCAGGACAUCAUCAACAACUUGACAGACCACCAUCUAAGGAAGGCCGGUGUCAUGUUCUGCGCUGCCAGUACUACGCUUUCUCGAACAGGAUUUGUUCUAGCAGCCCUACUAUUGCACGUAGUCCAAGCUCAAAAGCUGAGGCAGUGA